AUGGCCAAAAUACUUCCCAAGGGCCUCUACGUCCCUCUUCCUGUAUUUUUUAAUGACCAAGAUGAAAUCGAUUAUGAAGCAUUCGCAAAGCAUGCGAGAUUCUUGCCGGUUGUUUCUGCAAGCAUGGGCGAGGCCGUACACUUGACUCCGCAAGAGCGUGUAAAGCUAAUCCAGACUCUACGGAAUGCUCUCGACUCUAUUGGCUUACAAGAGACGCCUAUUCUUGCCGGUGUGGGAGGCAAUAGCACCCGUGAAACAAUCCAGUUGGCUCGCGAUGCUGCCGCAGCCGGCGCAAAUUUUGCUCUUGUCAUCGCUCCAGGAUACUGGGCCAGUUAUCUCAAAGGAAAUCCAGCAGCGACAAGAAAGUUCUUUGUUGAUGUGGCUGCCGCCUCUCCAAUUCCAGUAGUCAUAUACAAUUUCCCUCCCGUAGCAGGGGGGAUAGAUUUGGGUAGCGAUGAUGUGGCGGAGAUAGCAAGACUCGCGCCCAAUGUAUGCGGCAUCAUGCUGUCAUGCGGCAAUGUAGGCAAGCUUGCAAGGGUCGCUGCCUUGCUCGGCGGUACCUCUUUCACAACACUGGCUGGUCUAAUUGACUUUCUCCUCCCUUCUGUGGUAGUGGGAUCCGCCGGAGCUAUUAGUCCUCUGCCCAAUAUUGCGCCGAAAUUCUCCAUGAAGCUGUGGAAAUUGACACAAAAUCUAGAAACAAAGGCAGAUUUCAAGAACGCACAGUUUGCUCAAGGAGUAGCUUCCUUAGGAGAGGCUGCGUUGUUAAAGAGCGGUGUCCCUGGGUUAAAGUCUUUGCUUAACAAGCAAUUUGAGUAUCCCGCAACACCGAGGUCACCACUUAUGGCAUAUGGCGAUGUGGAUGGCUUAUCUAAAAAUAGGUACAUUGGCGAGAUAUUAGAGCUAGAAGAAACCUCAUAG